CUGGGAGAAUGUUGGUGUCCUGGGACAGCUGGUAAUGAGUGAGAAAUGGAGAAGGGAAGCAAUGUGGAUGUUGAGGUUUGGAGCUGUGUAUUGCAGAUUAGCGAGCAUCCUUCAUGUGUGUGCUCAGAAUCUCCAGUACUUUACUUCCCAGGCUGUUUGUUUCCCAGUCAGAGGAGAUGCUCAGUGUGGGACUGAGAAAGUUCCCCACAAGGACUUUCCUCCUGUCACCCACAGGUGCUGAGGGACCAUUCUGGGAGGCCCGGGUUAGAGAUGCCUGUGCAGGUCUGGAUGAAGGGAGUGGUGGUGAGCACAUAUGGAGGAGAUGGUGGCGUGCAGCUGAGAAUGGUCACUUGUGUUCCUGUAACUGCAGCAGUUUCUGUUAAUGGCCUCAGGGCUCCACUUCCCUUUAGUUCACUGAUGCACUUUGUGUCUGUGUGACAUCUUUCAGCAGCAGUGUUAACCCUGACCUUAGGCAGGGAAAUGGGAAUAUGAAGCAAUACCAGCAAUCAAAUUAGAGACAGGAGUCGCCCCUCGCCCUUCCAGCCCAAUGAACCAUUUAAUGAGAUGGCUUUGGUAACUUGAAUGACAUUCCUUGUCUGUCUGCUCAUUCACUCAUUGAUUAUCAGGAACUCUUCUCCCUUGCUCUCACAUUCACAGAUCCGAUCCAACUUUUCUUCUGAAUGACCACUCAAACAUUCCAGAUAUCUCUUCACUAAACUGAACUGCUCCCAAAACAUCUAUAUCCUUCCUUAAAUAUGAUGGCUAAUCCUAUACACUGUACUUCAGAUGUGGUCUCAGCAGUGACUUCCCUAACUCAUUCAUAAUUUCCCUACUUUUGGACUCACUUUUUCUUACAGUAAAGAUUCUCUUAGUUUUUCAACUUGCUGGAUUUUAUGCAGCAUAGAAAAGGACUCCAAUUCACCACAUCUAUGCUGAGCAUCAAAACUACUUUAAUCUCACUUUCCUACAUUAAUUCCAUAUCUGCCUAUACCCUGAUCAUUUGCAUUCCAGUCUAGAUGUCUCUUAAAUGUUGUUACUGUUCCUGCCUGUACCACCUCCACUGGCAGCUCAUUCCAGAUAUCAACUGAAGAAACAUUCUCUUCAGGUCUCUUUUAAACCUCCUCCUUCUCACCUUAAACCUGCACCUUCUAGUUUUAAACACCCCUAUCAAGGGAUAUAGACACUUCAUAUCUACCCUAUCUACACCUUGCUUAAUUUUAUAUACCACUAUUUUGUCAUGUUACAGCUUCAUUUAUUCCCAUUUAUUUAAUCUUUCCUGAUAACUCAAGCCCUCCAAUCCAGGCAACAUAACAGUGUAAGACCAUAGGCCAUAAGACAUAGGAGCAGAAUUAGACCAUUUGACCCAUUGAGUCUGCUUCGCCAUUCAGUCAUGGCUGAUCCUUUUAUGCCCUCGUCAGCCCCAUUCCUCGGCCCUCUCCCCAUAGCUUUUGAUGUUGUGUCCAAUAAAGAACCUAUCAAGCUCCAUCUUAAAUACACCCAACACCCUGGCCUCCACAGCCACCUCUGGCAACAAGUUCCACAGAUUCAUCACCCUCUAGCUAAAGCAAUUUCUCUGCAUCUCUGUUUCAAAUGGAUGCCCCUCUAUCCUGACGCUGUGCCCACUUGUCCUAGACUCCCCCAACAUGGGAAACAUCCUUUCUACAUCUACUCUGUUCAGGUCAUCCAACAUUCAAAAUGUUUCAAUGAGAUUCCUCCCGCCCCCCCCCCCAUCCUUCUAAAUUCCAGUGAGUACAGACCCAGAGCCAUCAAAUGUACCUUGUAUGAUAAUCUUCCCAUUCCUGGAAACAUCCUUGUGAACCUUCUCUGAACCCUCUCCAAUGCCCGCACAUCUUUUCUUCAAUGAGGAGCCCAAAACUGUUCACAAUACUCAAGGUGAGGCCUCACCAGUGCUUUAUAAAGCCUCAGCUCUGCUCUUGUCUUCCUCAUCUGUGGCUCUACCUGCAAGUCAACCCUUAGGGUAUUCUGCACAAGGACUCCCAAGUCCUUUUGCAUCUCAGAUUUUUGGAUUUUCUCUCCAUUUAGAAAAUAGUCCACACAUUUAUUUCUACUACCAAAGUGCAUGACCAUGCAUUUUCCAACAUUGUAUUUCAUUUGUCACUUUCUUGCUCAUUCUCCUAAUCUGUCUUAAGUCCUUCUGCAUCCUUUUUGUUUCCUCAACACUACCUGCCCCUCCACCAAUCUUCGUAUCAUCUACAAACUUGGCAACAAAGCCAUCUAUUCCAUCAUCUAAAUCAUUGAUACACAGCAUAAAAAGAAGCAAUCCUAACACCAACCCCUGUAGAACACCACUAGUCACUGGCAGCCAACCAGAAAAGGAUCCUUUUAUUCCCGCUCACUACCUCCUACCAAUCGGCCAAUGUUCUAACCAUGCUAAUAAGUUUCCUAUAAUACCAAGGGCUCUUAACUUGGUAAGCAGCCUCAUGUGUGGCACCUUGUCAAAGGCUUCCUGAAAGUCCAAAUAUACAACAUACACUGCAUUCCUUUAUCUGUCCUACUUGUAAUCUCCUCAAAGAAUUUAAACAGGUUUGCUAGCCAAGAAUUUCCUUUAAGGAAACCAUGCUGACUUUGUCCUAUCUUGUCCUGUGUCACCAAAUACUCCAUAACCUCAUCCUUAACAGUUGGCUACAACAUCUUCCCAACCAGUGAGGUCAGAGGUCAGGCUAACUGCUCUAUAAUUUUCUUUCUGCUGCCUCCCUCCUUUCUCAAAGAGUGGAGUGACAUUUGCACUUUUCCAGUCCUCUGGCACCAAGCCAGAGUCCAAUGAUUUUUGUAAGAUCAUUACUAAUGCCUCCACAAUCUCUACCAUUACCUUUUUCAGAACCCUAGUGUGCAGUUCAUCCGGUCCGGGUGAUUUAUGUACCCUAAGUUCUUACAGCUUUUUGAGCACCUUCCCUCUUGUAAUAGUAACUGCACUCACUUCUCUUCCCUCACACCCUUCAACAUCUGGCACACUGCUUGUGUCUCCACAGUGAAGACUGAUACAAAAUACUCAUUUAGUUCAUCUGCCAUCUCCUUAUCCCCCAUUAAUAUUUCUCUGGCCUCAUUUUCUAUUAGUCCUAUAUCCACUCUCAUCUCUCUUUUAUUUUUUACAUACUUGAAAAAGCUUUACUAUCCACUUUGAUAUUGUUUGCUAAUUUGUUUUCAUAUUUAUUCUUUCCCUUCUGAUGAUUCUUUUGGCUGCUCUCUGUAAGUUUUUAAAAGCUUCCCAAUCCUCUAUCUUCCCACUAAUUUUUGCUUUGUUUUAUAUGCCCUCUCUUUUGCUUUUACAUUAGCUUUGAUUUCCCUUGUCAGCAAUGGUUGUAUUAUUUUACGAUUUAAUUUUUUUUUGUUUUUGGAAUACAUCUAUCCUGCACCUUCCUCAUCUUUCCUAGAAACUCAUUUCACUGCUGCUCUGCUGUGGCCCCUGCCAGUAUCUUGAAACACUAACUGAGUCCCUUAUCUAAGCUUUCUGUCUUAAUUUCCUUCUCAGAAUUCCCUUGAGUCCAUCUGGGAGAAUUGGUUCAUGGCAGCCACAUCCACCCUUCCUCCUGCCUCUGUCAAGGACUGCAUUCAGUCCUGUUGACUGUCACUGAGUACCACGCUCGGUCCUUUGUAAAGAGGAACAUUAGACAUAGUAAUUGGCCAUUCCCCCUCUUGUUACUAUCCAAUCAUGCCAUCAGAGAUCUUUCACCUUUUUCUCAGUUUCCUGCAUCAACCCCAUAUCCUUGAAUCCCCUUCCACUGAACAUUGAAAGUGUUCAGUGGCUGAACCUCCACACCACGAAUUUCACACUUACAAAUGAAGGAGCUUCUCCUUAUGUCAGUCAUUCAACAGUUGACAUCUCAAUCUAAGAUGGGGUCCACCUCCCCACCAGACUUUUCGUUCAGAGGAAACCAUCUCCCUACAUCCAUCCAGCCUGUUGAGCCCUGGGAGAAUGUUGUAUGGAAAUAGAUCUCUCUUGAUUCUGCUGGGCUGCUGUACACUGCUGUGGAGUGCCUUGUUAAAGACAACGGGGCCUUGACAGUGCCCUUGCAGUUUGGGAGGAGUGUGUGUCAGGAGCGCCCCAUGUUUAUGUGGAAACAUUCCUGUGCCUUCUCCUUAAGAGUGAUGGGUUUGGUUCCAGGCAAACCAGACGUAAAGGUCAUCCUUUCAGCUUACACCAGUGAUGUCCUCCUCACGGUCACUGACCUUGUUGACUUAAAGAUAAUGCAAGAGUGCUAGCAGAUCUUCUCGGCACCCUCUCUGCAAGAGUCAUCUGGGAAAAGUGUACUGGUCUUUUGAUGGGUGGACUGCUUUCUGGAGGGGUUAAGACCCUUUGCAUGGAGCACCACGCUCCUCUAUCUUGGUCUAUCUGAACUCCACUGAGGAGGCUUGGCCGGUGAGCUAGCAGGAUUUGGAAACAAAACUCUUUGCCUGGCUGAGACAUUGGACGAGCCUACUUCAUGCAAAUUUGUAUUUUGUAAUAAAAAAGGGCAAUGUCGCGGGAGGGGCAGUACUGAGGGAAUGCUGCAUUGUUUUAUGAAGGCUCUCUGUAUGAAGUGGAACAGGGAACUACUGCAUUCAUAAUAAGGACGAAAAAAGCCGGAAAAAUUCAGCGGGUCAGGAAAGAAAAGCAAAGAUAAAUGGAGAAGUCCUGUCAAGAGGGCUUUGAUUUGAAACUCUGCUUCUCUUUCCACGGAUUCUACCUGACCAGCUGAGUGUUUUCAGCCUUUGGUUACAUCAAUUUGCAGCAUCUGCAGGGUUGUUCUAAACCACAGUGUGUGCAUGCAAGGUGUGUGUGUUGAGAAUAUUGUGAAAGAGUGCUGCCAGGAGAGGUAGCAACCUGCUGCAGGACCCUUCUCCCUGCUGCUGGAUGUGUGUCCCGCUGCCUCUGUGCACAAUCCUCUCAUUAAUUUUGCUGCUUGUUCUGUUUUGUUUCUCCUUUUUGUUUUACAGUUUCUGUUGGAUUACUCAUGCUUAUGUUCCUUGAAGUCUUAGUUUGAUGGUCAGAUCUCCCAUUCCCUGCAUGUGUCCAAGGUUGUGCAGUGAGCUCCCCGUGCCGUGGCUGGAUUCCGAGGGACGGUUCGUUACGCAUCUGUCAACGCUCACAAAAACCGGGAGAUGGGCCGACACGAUGACCUAUGGUCCUUGUUCUACAUGCUGGUGGAGUUUGCCGUCGGUCAGCUACCCUGGAGAAAAAUCAAGGACAAGGAACAGGUCGGGCUGAUUAAGGAGAAGUAUGACCAUCGGAUGCUGUUGAAGCACAUGCCCUCAGAAUUCCACCUGUUCCUCGACCACGUCUCCACUUUGGAUUACUUCACCAAACCAGAUUAUCAGCUGAUUAUGUCGGUACUGGAGAGCAGCACCAAGGAGCGCUGUAUCACGGAGAACGAGGCCUUCGACUGGGAGAAGGGGGGGACCGACGCUCUGCUGUCCACCAGCACCCCCACCCAAGCUCAGCUGCACACCAAACAGACCGCUGCUAUGUUCGGAGUGAUCAAUGUAACUCCAGUGCCUGGGGACGUUCAGCGGGAGAACACAGACGACGUCCUGCAGGACGAGCACCUCAGUGACCAGGAGAAUGCACCAGCCAUGAUCCCCGGCAGGCCCACGGACCUCUCCGGGGCACCUCCCAAUCUGGCCCUGGAAACGGACGCUUGGGAUGAGACCGACAUCAAUCGCAACAAACUGCGGAUCAGCAUGAGCAAGACGCAUUGUGUGCUGGAGGACGAGCCCAGUCGUAUUCCAUGCCCCAGCUCCCCAGUCCGAGGGGCCGUUGACAGCAGCCAGACCGCCCUGCGAUAUCGCCGCGUCAACAGUCCUGAAUCUGACCGGCUCUCCACCACUGAUGCCCGUGGCGAGGCUGUGGACAAACGGUCCCGGGUGGAGCUCCUGGCUUCCCCAUCCCGCCAGGCCCAGGUGGUGCUGCUGAGCUCGGGCCAGGAGCAGGCAGGGGCCGAGAGGCCAGUGAGUGGACGGCUGGAGGUCUCUGCUUCAGCGGAGCAGGAGGCUCUGAGUACUGCCUUCCGGUCAGUGCCACUGGCCGAGGAGGAAGACUUCGACAGCAAGGAGUGGGUGAUCAUCGAUAAGACCGAGCUGAAGGACUUCCAGCCGGGCGUGGAGGCCAGCUCUUCUGGUACUACCGAUGAGGAACCCGAGGAACUGCGGCCCUUGGAGGGGGCAGAGGCUGCCCGGCCCAGGGUCCUGGAGGAGGAGGGCAGCAGGAGGACAGCCCACUGCCCCUCCACCUCAGAGAGUGGGAGGGAGCUACGAGCCAGCAGUCCCGGCCGCUCACCACUCCACCACUCACAGCCGGGUCCGCAAACCGCACGCCGUGAGUCAGAACUCUCCACCUCCGAACACCAGAUGGUGAUGCCCGCUGUGGACUGGACACCCCCUGGGGUAUCAGGAGCCUCUGCCAGCCCCCCCCAGCUCUGGGUCACCCCUGUGGGCUGGCACCUGGUGCAGUAUGAGGCGGGGUCAAGGGGCGAAGAGCUGGCCAGUGGAGGGGCUCCAGAGGAGGGGGCUGGCACAGGGCAGGGUGAGCUGAGCUCAGAGGAAAGCAGCAGGAGCAGUGGGAGCAGCCAGGAGGCAGCAGCCUCCACCCUGCUGGCAGAGGAGGGCCGGGGGCCAGGGCUGGGUCCAGGGCCAAGUCGGGGGCUGGAAGGUGAGGCUGAGCCCGAGGAGGGAUCCAGGACUCUAGUGCUGUUCUCACCGGGGGAUGCCCAGCGAUCGCCACUGCCCGAGGUGGCCCAGGAGGGCGAGCAGGGCACACUGGCUGCCCUGACCCCACAGGGUGAGAGGGUGCAGCCCUUGGGAAGCCAGCUAGACGUGUCUGAGCCCGGCACCCUCUCCUCCCUCAUCAAAUCGGAGGCCAGGCCACUGGGCCCACCACCAGCCGCUGCAUCCUGCCCCUUCACAAAGGUGGAGCGCACCUUCUUGCACAUCGCUGAGAAGAGCCACCUCAACGUCAUGUCGUCGGGUGGGCACCUCCUGCCCCACGACCACUAUGAGUUCUUCCAGGCCCUGGAGCCAGGGGGGGAGAGCCUGCAAAAUGGGCCGGCCAGCCCACAGCCAACACUAGGCCGGGGGAGGAGGGCCCGUGGCCCUCGUUCUCCUUGCCAGCCUGCCCGGCCGAGCCGCAUACCUGUGCUGCUGCCCGAGGAGGAUACAGGCUCUGAGCACUCAGCCUCAGCUUCUGCCUCACUGAGGGAGCGAUUGGGCCAAAGGGGCAGCCGGCCCCCUUCCAGCUUGGCCCGGCUGCUGGCAGGCCGCAGGCAGGGUUCCCGCAUUCCUGGCGACCAGCAGCCCCCCACUGCCUCUGAGGAGGACACGGCCUCUGACACCUCCCUGCACCGGACCCCCGGCCGCAGACCACACAGCAGGAUCCCACGGCCUAUCAGCCCCGCCAAGACCCCGCGGAGCCCCUGGGAAAGGAGUUUGGCACAGAACAGCCCAACACGAACAGGGCACAGGACCAGCUUCCCCGCCCUGGUUCCUGCCUCACCCACUGAGGAUGCUAUGAAGGCAGCCAUAUUGGCAGCGGGCAGCCCUUGCUCCCAGGGAGGGACGUUGCGCUGUUCCGAGAGUCCAGCCCUCCCUUCCCGCAGCCUCAGCGCCUCAGCUAGGAUGCGUCCCCAGUCGAGGACAGACAGCCCGUCACCCUGCCGGGUCAGGAGGGCAACCUUGGAGAACUGGAGGCAGCACACACCCUUGUCUGGGGCUGGUCCCAGGCCACAGCUCAGUCCCCCAGCCCCCUCUUCCAAGGCCAGGGCCCAGUGCGUGGUCAGCAGAGCCAGGCAGCGGGCAGCCAGCUCAGUGACCAGUUCAGCCGAGCGGCGAAUCUUCUGCCCGUGAAGCCUCUACGCCCUGGAUUGGUGAAGGACGGCUGGUACAAGCAGGGUUCCAGGAACUCCUCCGGAAUAUUUAACGGCUUCUACAAAGCAGUUACCUUAACGUUUACACAUUUGCAGUUAUAUUGUAAGAUAUGGGGGGUGAUGUAUGCUGCAUGGCACCUGUAUUCCCGGCUCCGACCGAUGGCAUGCGUUCGAUUUCUGCAGCACAGCGGUGGCCAGCCCUCUGUGUCUCACCAGGAGCAUCCGAUGGACUCCUCCCAGCACUGGCUGCUCUUGUCCCUGCCCUGGCACAGUGGGUGUGAGUGGCAGGCAUUCUGGCUUGGCCCAGGCCAUUGGCAUCACUUGUCACUGGCACUGAACUUUAAUUAAACACCCUGAUUGCU